CUGGCCGCGCAAGAAAUCCGCCUUCGACCUCGCUCGACGCGACGGCGCUGGUGCUGCCGACGAGACCAACGCCGACAAAGCCCUACAAUGCAUGACGCUGCCCAUGUACGACACGGCGGAGCCGGAAACGACACACCUCGCCGACGUCACGGCCGUGCGGAAUCCCGAAAGCUAUGCGUGGUUCGCGUAUGCCACGACGCUGCGGCUGGCGACGGAGUGA